GUUUAACGCCGGGAUCGAACGAACCAUGGUCGUUAGCAGCUCCAGUGACGGUGAGUAGGCAAACAUUAUCCGGAGGAGAUUGAUUCUUCCAUCGAGCGAGCAAUAAACUUAACCUCUAGCCGUGAAGAUCAAGAUGAAGGUGUUUCUUCGCCGCCCCCAUGUCACAGGCAAUUAUGAUGGGGAAUAGGACGUCUCCUCGGGGGGUUGUACGGAGUAGUACGGCGAUGCAUAGUUUCAGCAACUUCAAGUACCACCUCACUCUCAGCAAUUUCACGUCCCAACUCUGCCGCUUCACGUCCCACCUCAACCUCUCCAACCUCCACUUCAACCACCACUUUCUAGCAACCCACUCGCCCAGUUGCAUUCUUCCGACAUCCCACAAGCGCAGUCACCUGUCUACCACUACGAAAACCUGGAUAUUCGCUGCUACGGCUGCGGCGGUUGAUGUUUGUGAUGAUGGGGCUUUCGUCGAAUGGACAUGGACAUCGUUAUGGUCAGGGGUAUGGGGAGAAGGGGGGUGGGGGCGCUGGGGAUGGAACAAAGGGGGAUGGGGAAUGGGUAGCAGCAGUUGAUGAAUGGGCAACACAGCACGAUGGGGGAUGGUCAACAGAAACAAGGGAUGGACGCUAGACAGCUUGGACGGCGAAUGCGUGGCCAGCAGUUAGGGAAUGAAAUGGGUCAUCAACGUCAACGGUCAUGCAGCAGCCAGGUCAUCAGCCACAGAACGCGAUCCAUGCGCAGAAUGUGGUCGGGCGGGGUU